AAAAACCAGUGUGAUGUGAAGCGACGCAUACUUCUCUUUAGACUUCAACAAUGGGACCCCCGGACGCAUCGAAGGUUGCUGGUGAAGAUGGAGCUCCGGCCGAAGUGCAAGACGGCGUAGGGUCUGGUAAAGUACCGAAGAUCACGAUCUUGCGACUGGAAUUGGGUACUGCCAUGAAGGACGAGGCUGUGGCGCAUUUGAUCCAGAUCUUGCAGGCAACUCCCAAUGCUAUCGAGAAGGAUAUCGCUACGGACAUGAAGAAAUACUUCGACCAAAAGUACGGACAGACGUGGCACUGUAUCGUGGGCAAAGGAUUCGGAUGCUCCAUCGCCUACGACACGCAGUACCUGCUCUUCUUUCGUGCCGACCAGCAAUAUGUACUGCUCUUCAAGUCCACAGAGUGACUUAGAGAAAUAACCGAUAGGAUCAUUACCGCCCUUUAUUCAGCUUUUCAACACGAAUCUUCAGCAAUUUGACUGUCUUCA